AUGUCAUUCCCUCUGCGGCAGGGACCGGUUCACCGGGAUGCUCAGGGACUUGACGAGGAGAAAAUUCCUCACCCAAGUGCAGCCGGCGUUACAGACGAAGAAGGCGGCAAUACCGUCAUCGACCAUCAGGGUGCAGAGAGACUGCCGGUUCUUCCGCAACUGAGGGAUAUUCACAACCAUAUAGAAAACCUGGCCGGCUUCGAAGCCCGCGGUGUCGCCCGGGUGCUGCCCGAGGAACGCCAGCCUCCGUCGUGGUCGAGCGAUGUCCAAGUAGCCAUCAUGUGUUACAGCGCCAAUAUUUCUCCCAAUAAUCUCGCCGCAGCCAUGCUGGGGCCCUUGGCUUUCCACCUGGGCUUCUUGGACUGUGUCAUGUGUGCUGUAUUCGGAGCCCUUGUUGGCAGCCUGACGACGGCGUAUAUGAGCAUCUGGAGACCCCAGAGUGGCAAUUGA